AUGGACGGUGGUUCGGCCGAAGCCCUGCUGGAGAAGCGCCGGCUGGGAGGGGCGGGUUUCGUGAAGGAGUUCGGGUCGGAGUCGAAGGCGCUGUGGGCGCUUUCCGGGCCGGCGAUAUUCACCUACAUCUGCCAGUACUCGUUGGGCGCGCUCACGCAGACGUUCACCGGCCAGGUGGGCGAGCUCGAGCUGGCCGCCGUCUCCGUCGAGAAUUCCGUCAUCGCCGGCCUUGUUUUCGGAGCCAUGCUUGGAAUGGGGAGUGCACUGGAAACUCUCUGCGGGCAAGCGUUCGGUGCAGGUCAGAUUCGAAUGCUGGGUAUAUACAUGCAAAGAUCAUGGGUCAUUUUGCUUGCCACAUCUUGCAUUCUGCUUCCGAUUUACAUAUUCGCCCCUCCGAUCCUUGAGUUCUUCGGGGAGUCUGCCGAGAUUUCUCAAGCUGCCGGUAAGUUUGCACUUUGGAUGAUACCGCAAAUGUUUGCGUACGCUGUGAAUUUCCCAAUACAGAAGUUCCUUCAAUCGCAGAGGAAACUCAUGGCCAUGGCCUGGAUCUCGUUUUUCGUGCUUGUCCUUCACACGUUUUUCAGCUGGCUUCUAAUCUUAAGGCUCGAAUGGGGUCUGCUCGGGGCAGCCCUCACUCUCAACACCUCGUGGUGGCUCAUCGUGAUUCUUCAGUUGAUUUAUAUUUUCUACACGAAGUCUGAUGGGGCGUGGAGCGGCUUUUCUUGGCUCGCUUUCCACGACUUGUACGGGUUUAUCAAACUAUCCUUAGCCUCUGCCAUAAUGCUAUGCUUGGAGUUUUGGUACCUUAUGGUAAUAGUAGUAAUAGCAGGCCACUUGGAUAAUCCAGUUGUACCGGUCGAUGCUAUUUCUAUCUGCAUGAAUAUAAAUGGAUGGGAUGCAAUGAUAUCGAUUGGAUUUAAUGCUGCGAUAAGUGUGAGGGUCUCGAACGAACUUGGAGCCGGGAAUGCAAAGGCUGCGAAAUUCUCGGUUCUAGUGGUUUCCAUAACGACCGUUUUGAUUGGGGUAGUUUGUAUGGCGAUUGUUUUGGCAACGAAAGAUGUUUUCCCUUACCUUUUUACAAGCAGUGAGGCCGUAGCUAGAGAGACCACUCGGCUUUCGAUCUUGUUGGCACUUACGGUUCUCAUUAACGGGCUUCAGCCCGUCUUGUCCGGGGUUGCUGUGGGAGCUGGAUGGCAGUCUAUUGUGGCAUAUAUCAAUAUUGGGUGCUAUUACAUUGUGGGGCUACCACUUGGGUUGCUCUUGGGUUUUAUAUUUGACUUUGGUGCAAUGGGAAUUUGGGGUGGAAUGAUUGGAGGAGUUUGCUUGCAGACCCUUAUUUUGAUUUUCAUCACUUCAACCAGAAAUUGGGACAAAGAGGCUAGUGAAGCCGAAAGUCGGGUCAAAAGAUGGGGCGGGUCAGUCGCAAAUCACUGA